AUGGCUUUGAUUAGCCGCAAAAGUUUCCAGUUUUAUUCAUCCAGCACGCCGGCAAGUAGAUCCGUUUUGAUGACCCUAAGCAGAAGGCUGAGCUUUAUCAGUGGGCAGCGAAAGACCCAAAACUGUAGCUCCGUAGCCAUGAGGAUGCUCUGCUUCAGAGAUAAAGCUCAGUACAUGUUUUGUAGAAAAAACCACGUACAGCUGCGGAUACAGUCUCUUUCUGUUAAUGACACCAUGCAUCUUUGCGGAAAUACCGGCAGCGGUCCUAAAGCCGAUAACGGGUGGAUGGAUGAACAACUGUUUUUCAAGAAGUUGAACAGCCUUUGUACGUCUGAAGAGAUUUUUGAUUUUCUUGGCUCUCUGGAAGCCAUGUCUGAUACUAUGGCCUCGGGAGCCCUGCAGAGGAUUUCUGAAGUUGAGGUGGGUGACAGCGGUCUGAAAAAUCCCGAAGGAGUGUUAGAGAAUGAAGUUUUCAGGGCAUUAUGCUUCCAGUUUGAAUUGGAAUCCUCAAAACUGUCGGACACUGGGCUGCUGAAUGCACUGCAAGCUUUGAUAAAGCUACGCGUAGAUCCACAGAGUACGCUGAUGACAAGCUUGCUUUCAGAGGGUGCGGAGCGGCUUGCUAAAGGACAGCUGACUCUGAAAAAUCUCUGUGUUCUUGGAGAGAGCUUGCUUGAGUUGGAAGGCCCAAGCUGUGCAAGGUUGGAACAGAUUGUGAACCAGAUGCAAGAAAAAGACAUUGAGAAGUGGUGUCCUAGGGAAGUGGUGAUGGUUUAUAAGAUGCUGCAGGUGACUGUCAGGGAAGGGGAACAACACCGAGACUUGCUGAACAGACUAAACAGUGUCACUUUAGCCUUAGUUUCACAGCUAAGCCCAAAGUUCACAAGCAUAAUACUGAAUUCACUGGUGGUUCUUCAUCAGACACACGCAGUUUCCUUAGUCACAGCGCUCUGUAAACAUUCUGUGAAGCAUAUUCCGUAUUUCACAGGUGAUGAACUGGUAAAUGUACUGGAAGCCUUCCUAUACUUUGGACAUCGUGAACAGGUUUUUACAGAGGCGCUGGAAACAUAUGUUCCCAAGUCCAUCUUUACCAUGCAUCCUCAGACAGUCAGCAAGGUCAUGCAGUACUGCUGCCGAAAGAGGAUCCUUUCUAAGCCCAUCUUUGAUGCAGCAGCAGAAGGUUUCAUUUCCGAUGCGGACAGAUUUACCACUGACCAGAUUGCUGAGUAUAUUACACCAUUUGGGACUCUUAACUAUCUCCCUCCGAGUGCUUCAUCCUUGUUUAGGAAGCUUGAAACCCUCCUGCAUACUCACUUUAGACGCUUUCGGCCUCACACCUUGCUGAACCUCCUGCACUCCUGUGUCCUUGUUCAACGUUACCCAGUGAAUUUUCUGCCAAAAAUAUUUAGUCCCUACUUUCUGCAACAGCUUCAAGGUAAGGAGCAGG